AUGCCCUAUUCACCCAGAACCUCCCAACGGGCCUUGUCCGAUGCUCAAACUGAUGUUUAUGACCCUGAAAGAACACCCCCCAACGAGUAUACUUCACUCCUACCAAAGCCACUCCCAGAUCCCGAGGACUUCAAUCCUUCAGACGACUACACCCGUGCCGCACUCGACGAUGAUCACCAACCAAUACGCCUAAGGCGACUGCUGACCGAAUUCUGGACUCUCACCAAAAACUCGGUCCCCGUCAUCUUAGCCUACACCUUACAAAUGAGCCUGCAGACGGCCACCGUGGUAAUCAUCGGACAUUCGUCACCCAUGAAUCUCGCCGUCAGCGCCUUCGCCAUGAUGUUCGCGCUCGUCACGGGAUGGAUGAUCGCGCUUGGCGGCACAACGGCGCUGGAUACACUUGCUUCGUCGAGCUAUACAGGAAGUGGGAAUAAGCAUGAUUUGGGUAUUCUGCUCCAACGGGCAUUCUUGGUUCUCGGUCUUUUGUACAUUCCUGUUGCUGUGCUUUGGAUAUGCUCGAAUUCAGUCUUUCAAGCGCUUGGCCAGGACCCGGAAUUGUCUUAUCAAACGUCUCGUUUCUUGACGGCGCUUGUUCCCGGUGGUCUGGGUUACAUCUAUUUUGAGACGAUGAAGAAGUUUCUUCAAGCUCAAGGGAUCAUGAGAGCCGGGACCUAUGUUCUCAUGAUAACAUCUCCACUCAACGCCGGUCUAUGCUACUGCUUAUGUUAUACCUUCAAUCUCGGAAUCAUGGCCGGUCCAAUUGCCGCAGGCAUCUCAUAUUGGCUUUCCUUCUUCCUUCUAGUCUUAUAUGCCCGUUUCAUCGCCGGGUCUGAAUGCUGGGGCGGAUGGUCAAAAAAGGCCUUUGAGAACCUGGGAAGUUUUGCGAAACUCGCCAUUCUGGGUUUCUUCCACGUCGGCACAGAGUGGUGGGCUUUUGAGAUUGUUGCGCUCGUCGCAGGCCGUCUUGGAACAAUUCCACUCGCAGCGCAGAGCGUGAUCAUGACGGCAGAUGGUAUCCUCAACACCAUCCCGUUUGGCUUGGGAGUCGCCACCUCGUCGCGGUUGGGCAAUCAGCUCGGUCUACGCAAUGCAAAGGGGGCUUCGGUGACUGCUCAUUCAUCGGCUGUCUUGUCCAUCCUGUAUGCCACCCUGGUAUUGACCGUCUUGAUGGGGACCCGCAAUCAUUUUGCGAAGAUCUUCAACAAUGAUCCACGCGUUGUUGAGUUGGUGGCGGAGAUCAUGCCGUUUGUUGCACUUUUUCAGAUCGCGGACGGACUGAAUGGGAGUUGUGGUGGUAGUCUCCGAGGUAUGGGGCGACAGCAUCUCGGAGCCGCUGUGAAUAUUGUCAGUUACUACUGCUUUGCCUUGCCGCUUGGGAUCUAUCUGGCGUUCCAUGGCUGGGGAUUGAAAGGACUCUGGGUCGGGCAGUGUGUUGCAUUAUACUGUGCCGGCACUUUAGAAUGGCUUCUAGUUGCGUUGACUCAGUGGGAGAAGCAGGUUGAGAUUGCUUUCAGCAGGAUGGAUCCGGGAAACUAA